GUGGCAGAGAGUUCCGUGUGCUAUGCAGAUUGGCGGUGCAAGUUGUGUCAGUAAUCUUGAUCUGCGUUGUAUGUUGGUGUCGAGGCGUGCCGGCUCCACUGUUCUUUUGUAGACAGUUACAGGACAUUUAACCUGUUUGUUUUUAGGUACCGGAAGAUUUGAAGUGUGCAUUUUCCAGCGUGUUUCAGUGAAAUCAAAAUGGAUUAAAAAAUUCACCUGUCCAAGUGGUACAUUGAAAACGCAUUCUUCCUGAGAACUCUGCAUGUACAAGCUUCAAAACAAACAUAACAUGGAAAGAUUGUAUUUCUUUUUGUGCUUUGCGCUGAUGUCAAGCAGUGUGCAUUUUGUGUGUGGCAAAGAACAGUAUUUUAGUAUGGACGAAUCAUCCCACAUUCUGCGGAAACGGAGUACUCUUCCAGAACAUCCUGAGUAUGCCAUUCCUACUGCUGAUGACAACAUCACUUCUGUGGUGGAGCUGAACGACACGCACCACUCGGGCCUGAUCCACUGGGCUGGCGGCGGUUCUCAGCUGGUCAUCUGUCUGACCCGCGACAUGGUGGUGCGGCCCGGCCAUCCGAGCAGCGUGUACGUCUCACUCGACCACGGCCGCUCGUUCACAAACAUCUCGGGCAAUUUCACGCUGGAGGACGGCACCCCGGCCGUCAUCGGACACUCGUACGAGCACCCGGAGUUCAACAACAUUUACGUGUUCACGGACACCAUCAACGAGGUGAUAUUCGUGACUGACGACAUUGCCAAGGGCCUGACGCGACACCGAGUCGACUUCGUGCCGUCCAAGAUCUCGUUCGACCCCCGUCGGCGCACCGUUCUGCUCGGCUAUGACAGCAAUAUACAGUCGCUAUGGGCCAGCGACACGUUCGGCGCCUCGUGGCACGUGGUGGAGCAGUACGUGGCGUCGUACACGUGGGACGCGGCCGCCGACCCGGCCGUGCUGUACGUGCACCGGAGGCAGCCGGAACGGCCGGGCGUGGUCCGCUCGUCCACCGGUCUCUUCCUCAACUACACCACAGUGGCAGAGGAUGUGGAAAAGUUCACCAUCAAAGAGGACUUCCGGUUCGCCGUCCGCCGGGUGAGACUGCUGGGCUCGCACCAGUCGGACGGCACGCUACAGCUAUGGGUUAGCCACCGCGGGGAUCCGUUCACAAACGCCCAGUUCCCGGCCGGUCUGCGCGCUAUCGACUACGAAGUGGUGGACGUUAGUGAUGAUCAGGUAAUGGUGGCCGUCAUCCACAACGCCACCUCGUCCAGCUUGUACGUGUCGGCCGUGCCGGACAAGCGCGGCGUGCGCUUCUCACUCUCACUGGAGAACGUUCUCACGCACAGCACCGGAAAGACGUUCGCCGGAUCGUGGCUCAGUGUGGUGGGCGGCGACUUUGUGGACGUCCACCGUGUGAGCGGCCUGCGUGGCAUCUACCUGGCGUCGCGGCUGCCUCCCGACUAUGACGGCCAGCAGGCCAGCCGGCUGGGUCCCGAGCACGUACUGACGCUCAUCACGUUCGAUAAGGGCGGCCGCUGGCAGCCGGUGUCCCCGCCGACAGUUGAUGCCACUGGUGUGCCGAUACACUGCGAGAAGGCGGAGAACUGUUCGCUGCACAUCUCCCAGGAGAUGACCAACCUGUACCCGGGCACCAAGUACAUUCCGGUGCUGUCGUCUUCGUCGGCCGUCGGGCUGGUGAUGGCCACCGGCGUCAUCGGCGACUCGCUCAAAGGCCACCCGUCGAUCGUGCUCAGCCGCGACGCCGGCGCUACGUGGCGGCAGGUGCUACGCGGCCAGUUUCUGUACGCGUUCGGUGACCACGGCGGCCUGAUCGUGGCCGUGCGGCGCUACAGCGAAGGAGGCACACGCGAACUGCUCUACUCGCUCGACGAAGGCAUGACGUGGGGCCGCCACCUGUUCUUCACGGACGAGGUGAAGGUGUACAGUCUGCUGACGGAGUCGGGUGGCUCCGGCACCGUGUUCCUCAUCUUCUGCGCGCGCAUGGACCGCAGCGGCUGGAUCUCGGUCCGCGUCGACCUGAGGUCCCAGUUCAGACACAACUGCACGCAGGACGACUACAAGCUGUGGACACCGCGCGGCCGCUCGUCGGGCCGCGGCUGUCUGCUGGGUCGAAAGGAGACGUACCGACGCCGACUGCCGCACCAGCGCUGUUACAUCGGGGAGGGCGGCCGCGAGCCACUGGUCUCUGUGGAAAACUGCGCCUGCCUGAGAGACGACUACGAGUGCGACUUUGGAUACAAGGAGUCAGCCGUGGGCGCUACAGGUCGGACGGCCACCUGCGUCCGAGACCCAGAGGUGGCCCGACUUCCGCCCGCCUUCGACCCCACCCAGUGUCCCGAGGGCUCCUACUACAACGUGUCGCGGGGCUUCGUGCGCGUGCCUGGCGACACGUGCCAGCCGGGACCCGUGGCGGCUGUGCUGUUUGAGCCCGACCCGCGGCCCUGCCCGGUCAGUGAGAUCUCCGACUUUCUGCUGCUGGCUCGCCGAGAUGCCAUCCUCCGACUGCCCCUGAAGGAUGUCGAGAGUGGCGUAGCGCCGACGCCCGCUCCCCUCACUGGUAUCGCUAACGUGGUGGCUGUCGAGUACGACAAGCGGACGGGCUGCCUGUACUGGUCCGACACCGCCUUCAAACACGUCAUGCGUCAGUGUAUGGACGGCUCCGGUCAGGAAGUUGUCCUCAACCACAACGCGUCUACAGUGGAGUCCCUGGCGCUCGACUGGACCACGGGUAACCUGUAUCUCACUGAGUCGGACACGGCGACCAUUCAGCUGCUGCGUCCGGCCGUGCGGCACGCCGGUCACCUGCGCACCACACUGCUCGACAGGAGCGUGCUGGAGAACCCGCGCGGCCUGGCGCUCCAUCCCACCAAGGGGUACAUGUUCUGGACGGACUGGUCACAGACGUCUCCGGGCAUUUACCGCGCCUUCAUGGACGGCACGGAGCCGAAACAGAUCACGGGCCGCGGCCAGGUGGUGUGGCCGAACGGUGUGUGUAUCGACUACUCCACCGACCGGCUCUACUGGGUGGAUGCUAAUCUAGACUACAUCGCCUCGGCAGACCUGGACGGCUCCAACCGCAAAAUACUGCAGGACAAGACGGAGUACAGCGGCCACCCGUUCUCGAUCGCCGUUUACAAGGAUAUGAUGUUCUGGAACGACUGGCGCAUCGAGAGUGUACUCAUGUCGGACAAACUGGAGCCAAAGCGGAUCGUCAAGGUGCUGGAGGGCAUGCCGAACGUGGUCAGCGUCCAGGUGUACGGCCAGCAGUCCCAGGAGGGUGUCAGCGGCUGUACCAACACCAGCUGCCCCUGGAUCUGUACGCCGCGGCCGGCCGGCCGGCACCGCUGUCUCUGCCCGGACGGACUGAGCGGGCAGGGCGACAAGUGCCUCUGUCCCGGUGGUGGCACGCCCUUCGCCAACGGAACCUGUCCGUCAGUGAACCUCGUGUGUCCGGAGGGCUUCUUCACGUGCGCCACCAGCAAGUUAUGUAUCAACCGCGACUGGAUCUGCGACGGCGAUGACGAUUGUGGCGACGGCUCGGACGAGGCCGGCUGCGGCACUUCCACGUGCGCGCCGCUCCAGUUCCGCUGCGACAACGGCCGGUGCAUCACCGGCUCGUGGCGGUGCGACUUUGAGGACGACUGCCAGGACGGCUCGGACGAGCGCGACUGCCAGUACCCCAACUGCACGAAGGCAGAGUUCCGCUGUGACAGCGGCCGCUGCGUGCGGGCCCAGUAUCGGUGUGACGGGGAGGACGACUGCCGCGACAACUCUGACGAGCAGGGCUGCGCCACGCCGGCGCCGCCGCCCUGCGAGCCGCCAAGCUUCGCCUGCCGGUCGUCCAGCCAGUGCCUGCCGCCGGCCUGGGUGUGUGACGGCACGGCAGAGUGUCCUGAUGGGGAGGACGAGGACCCGACGCGCUGCGCCAACCACACCUGCCCCAGCUGGCAGUGGCAGUGCGCCAACAAGCGCUGCAUUCAGAGCAAAUGGCGCUGUGACAACCAGAACGACUGCGGCGACAACUCGGAUGAGGAGGGCUGCGGAGACGCCACCACCACGGCGGCGCCGACCACCGAGCCGGCCGUGCCCACAUUCCCCACGGCCCCGCCGACCGGCCAGUGCGGCAGCUCCAGCGGCCACCUGCUGCGCUGCGACAACGGACGCUGCAUCCCCGUCUGGUGGAAGUGCGACGGCGCCGACGAUUGUGGCGACAACAGCGACGAGCGCGGCUGUGACAGCGGCACCGAGCGGCCGGCCACGGGCUCGCCGCCGCCGCCGGUCGCUCCGACCACCUGCUCGGCCAGCCACUUCCGCUGCGACUCCGGCAAAUGUAUCUGGUCGGCCUGGCUCUGUGAUGGCGACCGCGACUGCCCGGGCGGGGAGGACGAGGCCGACUGUGCGCACGCCGGCUGCGGCCACGACCACUACCGCUGUCUGCUCUCCGGAGAGUGUAUCGGCCGAGAGAGGGUCUGCGACGGACGGCAGGACUGCGCCGACAACUCGGACGAGGAGGCCUGCCACUCGGAGGGCGGCACCACGGUGCAGCCCUUCACCUGUCCCUCUGGGACUUCCGCUGUGGUCAGCUACACACUGGACGAGGUGUCCAACAGCUCUCUGACAGUGCGGUGGCAGACGAACGCUCGUGGCGCCGCCGCCCUCACCAGACUCAGGUUCCUGCCAUCAAUAUGCGCCGUGUACCAGCCCGGUCAGCCAUGCCACUGGCUCAACAUGACCUGGGUGGCAGAGCCCGAGUUUACGUUCGAACAUCUGGAGCCCUACACUUGGUACAACAUCACCGUGUUUGUACGUGCUGAGGGACGGCCGGACGUGUUCCCGGCGAGUCAGUACAUCAGCCAGAGGACUGCCAGUGCCAAGCCGUCACCUCCGUGGCGUGUGAACGCUACUCAGCUGGACCACCACUCGAUCCGCGUCUCGUGGCGGCCGCCCAAACACCUGAACGGCCGUCUGCUCAACUACCGGCUGUCACUGACGCCGCCGCAGCCGCCGCAGAUGUUCAUCACGCGCCACACCAACUUCACCGUGGUGCUCGACUUCCAGCCGGGCGUCGAGUACUCCUUCUUUGUCCAGGCGGAGAACUCUGCCAUGCUGAGCGAGCGCUCCCACUCUGCGUCAGUCGUGUUCGAUGCGGACGCCGUGAUCGCUCCGCUGAGCGAGUUCCGCGCGGUGCCGGCUGCGGACGGACAUGGCCUGACGGUGCGCUGGCAGCCGCUGCCGUCGGCUGCGGGAGUACUGGUGACCUACCGACCGGCAGACAACCGACUGGUGCCCGCAGGAGAGGAGCGAGUCGAGGGGGAUACACAUCAGCUGGAGUUGACGGGCCUGUCGCCGGGCACCCGGUACGAGAUCGUGGCCCGCGGCUACCGCGGCCGCUUCACGGGCCCCGAGUACGUGACAGUGGCGACCACGGGCGGCCGCCAGCUGGCUGCCGUGGCCAAUUUCACCGCCGAGCUGUCGCCUCAUAGCGGCACACUGGUGAAGCUCAGCUGGCAGCCGCCGCCGACAGAGGGCAGUGCCGGCGCCGCCGGCGGCUCGGCCAUGCCGCUUCAGUACGGCGUGUUCUGGGGCACCUCGAUGGAGCAGCUGUAUGAGGGCGGCGUGCGCCAGCGCACUGUGGAGACCUCCACUCAGGCAACGGGUCUGAUGGCCUGCGAGGACUACCUGCUACUGGUAGCUGUGGUCGGACCGGACGGUACCGGGCUGCCCUCAGAGAUCGGCGCGUCCGUACCAAGUUUGACGCGCACGCGCCGCCCAAAAACGUCACCGUACAGACGCAGCGCGGUCUGACGCUCAUGAUGCGUGUCAGGUGGGAGGCCAGCUGUUCAGUGGUGGAGCGGCCCGUCGGA